CCACCAUCAAGGAAGAGAAGCGCUGGAGCCGCAGCUGCAGCGAAGAAGGCUACUGCCAAACAAGCCAGGCUGGAGAUGGCAGCGACGGAGACGCCGGCCCAGGCAGCAGAGCGACGAGCAGCAGACGCCGAAAGGAAGCGCGCGCAACGAGCACGCCAGGGAGAGGAAGCUGCUGCAGCGCGCCGAGAGGAGAACGCCCUUCUCAUGCGCCAUGCGCGCCAGGUGCAAUCCCCCGAGCAGGUCGAGGCCCGCCUUGCCCAGGACGCGGAGCAGCAUGCUCGCGCCCGUGCCGAUGCCACCCCUGAGGAGGCUGAGGCUCGCCGUGUCGAGGACGCGGAGCGCCGUGCUCGCGCCCGCCUCGAGGCCACCCCCGAGCAGGUGGCCGCGCGCCGCGACGAUGACGCCGCCCGGCAUGCCCGGGUCCGCGAGCGGCAAGGCCCAGAGGCCGCCGACGAGAGGCGGGCCGCCGACGCUGAACGCCAUGCUAGUGCUCGUUUGUUGCAGACACCAGAGGACGAAGACGCGCGCCGCGCCCUGCAGGCCGCCCACAUGGCCGAUGUCCGGGAGGUGCAGACGCCGCAGCGGGCCGUCCAGGACCGCGUCCAGCGGCAGCUCCGCGACCUGCACCCGCGGCCCCGCGUGCUCAAUCUGGACAUCCCGGAGGAUGUCGCACCCGCCGCGGCCCCAGCCGCCCCUCAGCGCGCCCCUGCCGCAGCUGGCCAGCCCACCCUGAAGGAGCUGUUCGACGCCACCAUGGCGGCGCAGUCGCUGAACGUGUGUCAUCACUGCAACAGGGCGGUCAUGACGGCCGACGGGUCGUUGGCUCCCACGUGCACGAAACGUGCUCGGAACGACCCCGCGAAACGCGAAUGCGAGGUCCGCUUCACUGCCGCUAACCAGAUGGACCCGGGGGUAGGUCGUUCCAUUUUCGGUGUCGGGAAUACCGAUCUGUCCAGAACGCAGGUAAAAUAAAGGUCCCCGGCCACGGCCGCGCGGCCGCGGCGGGGCGCGCGAAAAACCACCGUGAGGGAAAAUUGGCGCGAAAGUGACAAAGGCAUAAAAUUUGUUCUUGCGCAUGGUUCCCGACAUCGCAGCCACCUCCGCUUAGCAUUGUUGUAACCUCCACAACGUAUACUUUCAUUUCACCUGCGUUCUGGCAUACCGAUUUUAAAAUGGAACGCCCUACCCGGGGGUCGUGCCCCCUGAGCUGCAGGGCCUAACCUACAUCGAGCAGCAGCUGAUCGCGCGCGUGCACCCCGUGGUGUCUGUGUAUAAGGUUAGAGGGGGGCAGUAUGGCUACUCAGGUAAUAUCAUUAAUUUCCCUCAGGAUGUCCAGGAGCUGGCCACCGCGCUGCCGCACCGCCUGGCCGACCUGAACUCGAUCACCACGGUGCGAACCCAGGGCGUCUAGGGCGCCGAGGGGCACGUCGACUUCAACGUGCGAGCGGGCCGAGUCCGCGCCGCGCUGGUCUGGCUGAAGGAGCACCAGCGCUACUACCGUGAUGUGGAAAUCUCAGAGGAAAAUUUGUCUCAAUUGCCUGCUAAUGCAGGUCUCGGAAAUCCACGUGUCCGGAGGGCCCACAGCACCCGCAGCACGACCUGCGCCCGAGGGCGGCCCAGAGGCCGGGCCCCACCAGGAGGACGCCGAGGCCGUCGGCAUCCACGUGACGUGCAUGCCCAUGAUCCGGCCCGAGCUCAACGAGGACCAGGUUGAGUCCCAUGUGACGGACUGGCCAACGAUCGGACCUCAGCCUGUCAAUGAGUUCACCACGGACGAUGGCCUUCCCCUAUCUCUUCCCAACGGGAAGGAGUGGCUGCACCACUAAAAUCCACACGGCUGAUUACUUUAAGUUUCUAAUGGAGUACUCUGAUAGACGAUUCUCAUGCCAUCCCACUUUCAGGUUUUUCGCCCUCAACUCCAUGAUGCGGUGGAACGCUCUGACAAACGGACGGGUGUUCAUCAGGAACAACCCCCGGUUCAACGACAUGACGGCCGCUGAUCUCAGGCGGCGCAUCCGGGCGGGCGAGAGGAACAUCCUCAAGCAGGCGCUGUACCACGGCAACAAGCUCAAGGGCACCAGGCACGCUGCUGAUCUGCACUGGUCGGACUUCUUCCGGCUCGUGUCGCCCGGCGAGGACUUCGAGACCAUGACGGAGACUCGGCGACAGCAACUACUGUGCGAGAAUCCUCACAUUGCUGACACUUUCUUUGCCGAGAGGACAAAGUUUUUCAUUAGAAAUGUAUUUAAGGUUAAGUACAAUGUAAAGGAUUACUGGUUUCGCUUUGAGUACCAGCACCGAGGUUCACCACACGUUCACUGUAUCGUGUACCUAGACGGUGCCCCUGAUGUGAGCAACCUGAAGGAUGCCUCUCAGGAGCACCUCAACGCCGUUAUCAGGUACUUUGACUCCUUGGUUUCGACGAUGAACCCAGGUAAGGACUUGCCUCCUGCCGACAUUCAUCCGUGCAGGAAAAAGUUUAGCGAAGUUACUGGGUGAUUCUCAGAAUACGGGCCGUUUAGAUUCCGCGGCCCUUCACAACUAUGUGAUAUGGUUUGAAAA